CCACAGGAAGAGCAAAUGCCAUUCAGGAGAAAGCAUCCGAUUUCAGCAGGGAGCAAAUCUUCUUGUAUCCGUGGAAACAAUGUGAUUGCUUUUUUGCUGGGCAGAUGGAACUGUAAAAACUCCUUAAGAACCUCCAGACAGACCGGAGUAGGGGACAGAUAUUAUGAAUGGAAUGACCUCAGUUUAACAGGUGAAGCUGCUAACAGUAUGGAGAUAAAGAACAUUAUCCAAAAGGAAACGUUGGCCAAUGAGACUGAAAUAUGGAUUGCAGGAAGCCACAUCAAUAGCACUUUCCUCCCUUACUACCAACAUUCUCCUGCUGUCGCUGCCAUUUUCAUCAUGGUGUACCUAAUUGUCUUUCUCUCAUGCAUGGCUGGGAACUCCUUGGUUUGCAUUGUGGUGGCGAAUAAUGAGCAUAUGCGCACUGUCACCAACUUCUUCAUCCUCAGUUUGGCCAUCAGUGACCUGCUGGUGGGCAUCUUCUGUGUGCCACCCACUCUGAUGGACAACCUGAUCACAGGCUGGCCUUUCAACCAGGUUAUCUGUACCAUGAGCGGCCUGGUCCAAGGAAUGUCUGUCUCUGCUUCUGUCUUCACCCUCGUGGCUAUAGCCAUGGACAGAUUCCACUGCAUUGUCCUGCCUUUCUGGGAGAGGCUCAGCCUUGUGAAGGCUGUGGUGAUUAUUGUUGUGGUGUGGCUCCUGGCCAUCGCCAUCAUGUGACCUUCUGCCAUCAUGCUCACUGUUGGUCGCGUGGAGGACCACUACAUGGUGCUGAGUGAUGGCAAUAAUGCCACCUACCCACUCUAUGCGUGCUACGAAGCCCGGUCUGACAGCAGCAUGAGGAAAGCCUGUACCACCAUCCUAUUUGUCCACAUCUACCUGGUGCCCUUGAUGCUCAUCUUGUUCAUGUACGGAAGGGUCUGCCUGAAACUCUGCCGUUCCACAGCGCCCAUCACCCAAAACCUGACUUGCCCUGUCCAAGCCAAUGGCAUGCCUAAGAAGAGAAUCAAGGUCAUCGAGAUGCUGCUCUUGGUGGCCCUCCUCUUCAUGAUCUCCUGGCUGCCCCUGUGGACUCUGAUGCUGCUGGUGGAUUAUAACAAUUUGGACCAUGACCACCUAGACUUGCUGACUGGCUAUUUCUUCCCUUUCGCCCACUGGCUGACCUUCUCUAACAGCAGCAUCAACCCAAUCAUCUAUGGCUACUACAAUGAGAAUUUCAGGCGGGGCUUCCAGGCAGCUUUUAAGUUCCACCUUUGCUCCCAAGAGAUGGUGCGCCAGGAAACUUACAGUCGCAGAGGCCCAUCAGUUUUGGGAUGUGCAACAAAGUCUUUGCAGAGGCAACGUCUUGUAACUCGGUGUCCUCACAUCACACUCAGAACACUGGCCCUCUCGUCUCCAGGGGCAUUCAGCCCAAGUGCCCCGCCUCAGUUUAGAGGACAUUGUUAA